CGAGGUCACCUCACAUCCUUUAUUAUCAGUGUAGGUAGUCCAUUUCAGUUCAUCAAACAAUGAAGUCGUUGGCUAUCCUGUUGCUCAGUUCAAUUCAUUGUGUGUCUGCGGGUCCAGUCAAGUUUCCCAGUCUAAAAAAUGAAAUCGAAAGUCACCGAGCUGAUGCGGAACGGAUUAUUAACCUGGUGGUCAAUGGAAGUGCUAAAGGACAGACAUACAACCGACUGGCCGAGUUUGUGGACACAUUCGGGAGUCGCAUCGCCGGUUCUCAGAAUCUUGAAAACGCCAUCGAUUAUAUGAUGAAGAAGUUGAAGGAGGAUGAUCUGGAGAAUGUACACGGAGAGUCCGCCAUGGUGCCCCACUGGGUGAGGGGGAGGGAGUCUGCCACCCUCGAGCAGCCACGAAUCCUACCCCUCAACAUACUGGGACUCGGGGGUAGCAUUGCCACCCCUCCUGAGGGCAUCACGGCCGAGGUGAUUGUAGUCAAGACGUUUGCUGAGCUGAAGCAGAGGGCUGCCGAGGCCCGCGGGAAGAUAGUGGUCUAUAACGAGGACUGGGUAGGGUAUGGAGAUACUGUCCAGUAUCGUUCACUGGGAGCGGUUGAGGCGGCUAAAGUGGGUGCUGUGGCCUCUCUUAUACGUAGUGUGACCCCCUUCUCUAUAGACAGUCCUCACACCGGCUGGCAGGACUACAGCGACAACGUCACCAAGAUCCCCACUGCCUGCAUCACGAUAGAGAUCGCCCAGAUGCUGCACAGGAUGUCCAUGAGAGGGGAGAAGAUGGUCAUCAACCUCAAGAUGGAAGCUCAGAAUUUGCCCAUGGUGAAGUCCAGAAACACAGUAGCUGAGAUUAAAGGGAGUACAUACCCGGAUGAAGUCGUGAUAGUUAGCGGCCACCUUGACAGCUGGGACGUGGGGCAGGGGGCGAUGGACGACGGUGGUGGUGCCUUCAUCUCCUGGCAGGCCCUGUCUCUCGUCCGACAACUGGGACUCCGCCCGAAGCGUACCCUCAGGAUGAUCAUGUGGACUGCAGAAGAGGAGGGGGUAUAUGGGGCAAAGCAGUAUUUCAAGGACCACCAGAACGAAAUACCUAAACACGACCUGGUAAUGGAAUCGGAUCUCGGUACGUUCAACCCAAGAGGUCUCCAGUUCUCUGGCAACAAGGCAGCGACAGCAAUCAUGAAAGAGGUCGCCCAGCUCCUUAGUUCCAUCAACAGGACAACCCUCUACAGUCCCGCCGAUGUCAGUGACACAGGUCUAUGGAAGAACAUCGGUGUCCCCAGCGGCAGCAUAGAGAACGACAACCAAAACUACUUCUAUUUCCACCACAGCAACGGCGACAUGAUGACGGUGGAGGACUCGGGCGUCCUUGACCUUUGUUCCGCCAUCUGGGCGGUAGCGGCGUAUGUGGUGGCUGACCUUGACGCUAUGCUUCCCAGGGACACUGUGAAUGGCUGACGUUUAGGUUACAAGGUGAUACAUGUGAAACCUAAGACUGUUUGUGUCUGUAAAGUGUGACAACUGCCUAAUUCCAUGUCUUAUUGGAUGUAACCUAUAUUUCGAUACAGUUGCUUCAAUGCUAUUGCAAGAAGUAUAUAUAUUGUCAAGCUCCGUUUAGAUUUUCCUACUGAGAUAUAACCAACUGUGGAUCAAAACGGUAUUUUUGCUAAAAUCAUAUAAAAUAACUUCGAAAACAAA